GGAUCAGACUCCAGGGGAUGCUGAGUUGAGGGGCCAGAGCAAGAGAGGGGUCACCUCAUCAAGUCAGCCAUACACUCCCGACAGAUGGCACUGCUUUUCAACUACUUAACGAAAUAAGGAAGUACUUGAAGAAAAAAUUCAGUGGAAGCAGAUGAGAGAAACUAAAAGAGAAUAAUUUAGAAGAAGAGAAGAUAGGUUGCUUAUGUGCUGAGUUCAGUCCCCGGAGGGCAGCUGGCAUUUGCGGAGCACCAGCGAGACAACCCAGGCAGGCAGGACAUGUGGCUGUUUCUGGUUCUAUUCCUUUUUAUCAUCCAAGCUUGAGCCGGGAACCUCUCUUCUGAAGAGCUCAGACACCAGGGAGGAAGAAGGCAGCAAAACCAUGGUGUGACAGACUCUUGGGAGAGUGGCUCAUCCUCACACUUCAGCCUGCCUGGGUCUCUGCUCUGGAUGAGCCAAAGACCAGACGCCAUCCAAUGUCCUAGAUACAACAUCCAAGAUGGGGCAAAAUGCCAUGGUGGGACCAGAGCGACCAACGUGUUGCAGAACCUGGGAAACCAGAGAAGAGACACUGUUGGAGCCAAGCCUUAAGGGAUGAAUUAAGGGUUUGUUCCUUCAAACACAGAAGAAAGGACAUUCCAGGCAGAGGGAACAGCUUUUACAAAGGCCACUUCUCCACUUCCCAGAAGAAUACGGUGAGAGGCACAGCACAUGAUACGCUGACUGUGACCUGUGAAUAUGCCCCAGGAUGGGAAUUCUACAAUAAGUGGCUGUGUCGUGGAGAAGACUGGGAUUCCUGCAGAAUUCUUAUUAUAACCACUGGGUCAGAGCAAGUGGUGAAGAAGGGCCGAGUGUCCAUCCAGGACAGUCACCGCCGACGCCUAUUCACCGUGACAUUGGAGGAUCUCUGGUAUGAUGAUGAAGACACUUACUGGUGUGGGAUUGAGCAAUUUGGCACUGACAAAGGCUUCAAAUUUUCCGUGAUUGUCGACUCAGCACCUGAUCCAAUAGACUCUCCCAAGCCUGUGGCAAGAACAACACCAGCCAGUCGGGCUUCCUCGCUUCCAUCUGCCCACGGCAUCAACAGCAGCCAGCCCAUUGUUCUGGUCAACCCCCACAGCAGGUCGGGGACCUUGGUAAUCAGUGUAGCAGCAAAGACUCUUCCUGUAUGGAUCCUCCUGGUACCUCCUCUCUUUGCGACCCUUGAGUGGCUCCGCCAAGGAUAAGUAACUAUUACAUCAUUCAGGACUCUGGCCAACGGUGGGUUUUCCAGAUCCAGACCAUCCAGAAAGUAGAAAACCUCAAUUAAACCAAAAAGCUUAAAAGAGCGUCCACGUGGACAAAGACCCCUGAUGAGCCAGCAGUACAGAGGUCUGCCGAUUUCAGCUUCUGUUGCAUCAGUGCCUCCCAGAAAAGAAUUGCCUGAGCCUAAACAAUCAAAGACAAGGUUAGGCCAUCACCUGACCCACAUCCUAUCUGUUUGCUCUGUACAUUUCCUAUUAAAUCUGUGGCUUCCCUGCA